AUGCAGCGAAAAGAGGCUGUAAAAUCUCCGGCCUCUUCGGGAUAUUGUUGCUCAGGAUUUUGCUUGAACCUUCAAACUUACAGUUACUUAUCUCUAUCUUUUUUCUGCUGUACUUUGUUGCCAUGUAGAAUAGGCCACGGUUCCGAAAAAUCCUUCUUCAUUAUCAAAUUUAACUUGGCAGCAUGUAGCGCUGAGCCACAACUGGAUCGCAAUAUUUUACCGUGUUCUCAGGCUGCGGCAUCAGCUGGAAUGAGGGCUGAUAUUGAGGCAAACGACAAGAGAUUGGCUCAAAAUGUCAUUUUCAACAAGAUUACUCCACCAAAACGCUCUGCUUACCUUGUCAAGGGCCUCUCCAGUCUUGAAGGCAUUUUCAUCCUCCUCAUGCUUACGAGUCAUGUCUCCGGAAGCGUCUUUGUCCGCGAAGAUAGGUCAAACCACUCCUCCGAGCGUGUUUCGGUGAAGUCCCAUGAACUGGCUCAGCAAGACAUACUACUGGCCCCAGCUUUCAGCCAGCUGAAAGCUUAUCCUAAAAAUAUGCGUACUCUUUAA